GUCGUGUUAGCUCAGUUGCUCGGCGCUCGGCUUUUCGCGGUCCGUCCUCGUCGUCCGGCGACUACUUUUUACACACAGUACGUAGUCAUAUUAUUAUAUUAUUAUGCAUUAGUUUCGUAUUAUUUUUCACACGAUACAUUUUAUAGCAUUUAGAUCCGCGAUUUACGACGAGAAUUUUCCGCGCGCGACGUUUGGUCGAUUUCAAUGUUUUUCUCAUAAUAUCGAUAAUAAUAGGUAUAGGUACCAAUAUCGUAUUAUUGUUAUAGCCACACGACGAAUAACGGCCCUCUGUCUGUCUUACGAUAAAUACGCACCGGCCGAAAACAUUUCGGACACCAGUCGCGCACGACGAUAACCGAAUGAAUUUUUUUUUUACUUUUUAAACCUUUUGCUAUUCAGGUAGGCACGAGAGUUAAACCAUCGCAUAGAAGUAGUUGUCGGACGAAGGCGCGAAGGAUAAGAAAUAUGAAUACCAAUAACGGUCAGGGUAACAACAAUAACAACGGCGGCGGUAGCGGCGUCGGCGCCGGUGGAAAUAAUAAUUUCCGGAAGUACAAACGGGUUACAGCGGGUAACCCGUCGAACCCGAAAACCAAAAAACAAUUGGAAAACGAAUUGAACCGGCAGAGGAGCUUUUUCGUCAACUGCAGCCCGCAAAAUUCGUCCGCUGCUCGUCACAGCAACACGCAAGAGGGAGGCUAUUUGAAUAGGAGUAACAGCAGCGUUUUAGGACAAAAGAAACAUCCCACGCUUGCGAUCUAUCGUCCGCCGAGUGUUCGAGGUGACAUAAAUAAUAACAGUGAUAAUGUAUAUGUAGCCAACGGUCCGCAGAAAUCAAAAAACGUCCAAGAUGCAUCAGACACAUCUGAGGACAGCAGUAAGCUGAACGUGCACGCCAAAGAGUUCUCCUUAGAACGUUCCAAUACCGCUCCUCAGUCCAUAGCGAAUGGCGUAAAACCAGAAGGAAUUCGACACAGCGCUGGUACGGCAUUGUCAAGAUCGAGGACAUUCUAUACAAACGGCGAUAUCAAACCUAAUAGUCCAAAGAAAAGUUUUGAUUACAAGAAUAAUUUUGCAUAUAAGAAUAAUUUUCAACAGAUGAAAUAUAUACAACAAAAAGAUACUCAGGGUCCAAAAGUGCAAUUCAAAGACCCAAAACCGAAAUCGAAACCUAUAAUGAACGACCAACCAAAUAAAUGCGCGGUGGAUUCAAAGAAUGACUUCGGUCUUAGAAGAUCAAAAACCUAUAACGGUCCAGACAGCAAAUACUACCAUAAUACUUCAGAUGAAACACGUACGUCGUGGAAAUGUCAACCUAAUGAAUUUUGCGUAAAAGACUUAAACUGUUUUCCUGAAGACAUAAACGAUAUGGCCAAACGCAUAGUAAAAGAUACAAAAAACUCGCCAACAAAAGAUUUAAUGCUUUUGGCAUUGAAAAUAAUUGAACACGUGGUUAGCAACCAAGAUGCUAUGAAGCCUUCGGUUAAUUUAUCCCUCUACAUAAUUGAGAGAGAUACAAGAGACACUUACGUGAAUAUGAUCAUCAACACCAUCCAAUUGUGGUUCGUAAAACGAGAGAAACUCUUACAACCGCCCAGAUUUUUUUCAUACGCUUCAUUCGUACUGCAAAUGUACAAAGGAAUGAAACUGAAUAAAGUGUUAUCAAACAGAAUGGAGAAAGAGGUAUACUCUCGUAAACAAGCUCUGCUAAUGUUAUUGUUUAAAAUUUGCGAACACUGUUUAACGCCCAGCAAAGAGAAGAACACGAUUGAAGAAGUCGAAUGUCUAUUUAACAUCGUGGACGGCAUUGGACGAGACCUGGAACAAGAGGUUCCGGACACGUUGAAACAACUGUACGUGUCCAUCAGGGACGUGAUGAUGACCAGAGACUGUUCGGCGUCCGUGAAAAAGACCCUUCUCCAUCUGAUCGAACUGAGAGCGUCGCAAUGGGCCCUGUCGCCUUCCACGUUACAUUACUACAACUCGAAAACGAACAUUUAGCGUCUUAUUUUUGUUUACCAUCGUGAUCACACGGUUGAUAUUAUUUGAACAAUAAUAUUAUACCCAUGUAUAAUAAUUGUGAUAGUUCUGGGAAAACAUUUUGUAUAUUAUUUCGUGUAUUUGGUAUAUAAUUUUACAUUUUAUAUAUUACAUAUUACCUAUAUCUAUCUAUAUAAUAUAUAUUGUACAAACUGAAUUAUUUAAUCGAAUUAAUAAUAUUAUUUUUACGAAAUACAUUCACUUUGUUCAUGGUUAAGUAUAAAUAAUGUCAAUGCUACCUUAUAGUACCUAAUAAAAGUAACUAUAACAUAGUAAUAUUCGAUUAAAUAUUUUGGUGAAGGUGUAACGAAAAAUAAAAUAGGUAUCUAAAUUAUUCAGCUUGAUUCAAAUCUGGAUAUCCAAAUAAUUCACGAAGUCGGAAGUACAAUAUCUUCUUAACAUAUUUUAUCGCAAGCACUCGAACAAAUUUACACGUCUGUUAAUAUUAUAUGUUCUAGAAAUCAGCCGUGUCGUUAUAAUUUAUACAAUAAAUUUGAAGAGUUCUUAGCUAUUUUACACAAAACGGUGUUUUAAACCUUCUUUUGGAUAAACAUUUUUUUUAGUCAAUAGAACUAUACGUAAGUCGUGUGCGUCUAUUAUUGUUACUUCAUUCCUAGUCAUAUUAUAAGAUCGCGGUUUUUAUUUUUUAUUUUAUACCUCUUUUCUAACAGAAUUUUUUUUUACGGAAACUGCCUGUCUACAUUUUAAUAAAAUGGGUAUUCUUAACAAAUAGUAAAUACCUACUAAAUUAAUUAUUAUACACGAUACAAUUUUUUUAUAUCAUAUAGUAGGUAUUAUCUAUGUAUUUAUUUAUACAAUAUUAUGUGAAAUGUAUUGUAAUGUAACAUAAACUAAUAAGCACAUUUAACGCUUGUGGAACUGAAUACAUCAUCAUAAUAUUAUAUUAUACCUAUUGUAUUAAAUUAUUGAAACAAAAUAGACAUUUCAAUUAUUGUUUGAAACAUUUUUUUUUUUU